GUUUAUGACCAUCAGUUUGUCCGUAAUUCUUUCGUGAAGAUGCUUCGGGCUUUGUCCGACUAUGGAACUACACUUUGCCAUCAAGCAGAACCGCACUCAAAACUAUUUGGAAAGAAUAUGUGUUUCGAGAUGACGAAAACGAUGACCGUGGUAAACAGGAUGCGAAUCACAUUUUGUGCCUCUCCAUCUCUUUUGACAACAGACGUUUCAUUACUGGUGGUAAAGAUGCAUACAUACGUGUAUAUGAGAAAGGAUGGAGCAAUGAAUGUCGUCUCUUGCGGCCAAACCUUGGCAUAUCACCCACGAGGCAAAGAGGAUCGCCGCUAUCUACCGAUUUUCAUCUCAGCAAGCUGGGAUGACAGUAUUCAGGUUUGGCAUGAUCAGCAAGGAAGUUCACUGUGGCAAAUUUAUGGUACAUAUGUGGCGGGAAACGACGGUCUAGAUAUAGAUCCAACAAAAAAUAUCAUCUUAACCUGUUCGUGGAGGCGAGAAAACUCACUGGUUCAGCUAUGGCCGUUUCCCAACUUCCUCAUCGAAGGUGAAAGAGAAAUUACGGAGCGCGAAAAUAUGUCGUACAAGCGACCGUUGUCUCGUUUUGUAUAUGAACCGCUUAAACAGGUCACUCGGGGCUACGUGGCCAAGUUUGACGCACACUACAAACUGAUCCUCUACGCUGGUAGCAACAAGAACUUGGUCAGUAUAUUGGACAUUGAAAACAACACGGUCAUCGCGGAGGUGACGCAUCUAGACAAUGGGGUGUACAGCGGUGCGGUAUUUCGGGACCCAGAAACGCCAGAUCAACUACGGAUAAUUUACACAAGUGGGAAAGGUGUUAGCCUUGGGAAAAUCAACAUGAAUAUAUAGAAAACAUCAAGGCGCACACAGAAAGCCGCCAUCGAUUCAAAUUUUCUCCUUAAUGAUACGUAAUUCAACUGUUGCCGAAACUAUACGAAC